UUGUGCUGGUAUCGCUGUCGCAAACAUGGUGAACGUUCCAAAAACCCGCCGGACUUUCUGUAAGAAGUGUGGGAAGCACCAGCCCCACAAAGUGACACAGUACAAGAAGGGCAAGGAUUCUUUAUAUGCCCAGGGAAAGCGGCGUUAUGACAGGAAGCAGAGUGGCUAUGGUGGGCAGACUAAGCCAAUUUUCCGGAAAAAGGCUAAAACUACAAAGAAGAUUGUACUGAGGCUUGAAUGUGUUGAGCCCAACUGUAGAUCAAAGAGAAUGCUGGCUAUUAAGAGAUGCAAGCAUUUUGAGUUGGGAGGCGAUAAGAAGAGAAAGGGCCAAGUGAUCCAAUUUUGAGCUUCAUAUUUUGUUUUAUUAUGAAGACAAUAAAAGUCUGAGAUCGUUUACUUCA